AGCAGUUCACGGUGCUGUGGAUGCUCUUCAUCUCCAUCGUGGUGGGGAACGUGGCUGUGAUCGCCGCCCUCAUGCUCUCUAAGACCAGAAAGUCCAGGACCAACUUCUUCAUCAUGCACCUGGCGCUGGCUGACUUGUCAGUGGGACUGAUCAGCGUGCUCACAGACAUCGUGUGGAAGAGCACAGUCUCCUGGAACGCAGGAAAUGUUGGCUGCAAGGCCGUCAGAUUCGCCCAAGUGUUGGUGACGUAUUCGUCGACGUACGUGCUGGUGGCGCUCAGUAUUGACCGUUAUGACGCCAUAACCCAUCCCAUGAACUUCUCCGGCAGCUGGCGGCGAGCCCGGAGGCUGGUGUUGGUGGCCUGGUUACUCUCAGCUGUAUUCGCUUCCCCCAGCUUAGUCUUCUUUAUGGAGGCUCGUGUAGACGGGGCCAUACAGUGCUGGAUUGACUUCCCAGAGGCGUGGCAGUGGAAGCUGUACAUGACACUGGUGGCUCUGAGCGUCUUCCUCUUCCCCACCGUCAUCAUCACCGCCUGCUACGCCAUCAUCGUCUACACCAUCUGGUCCAAGAGCAAGAUCAUGACGGUCAACAGCAAGGCCCUCGGCUCCAAGAACGGAGAGAAGCGAGGCGGCCACCACGAGGACGACUCCCGGAGGGCCAGCUCCCGAGGCCUCAUCCCCAAGGCCAAGAUCAAGACUGUCAAGAUGACUCUCGUCAUUGUCUUCGUGUUCAUCCUGUGCUGGUCGCCGUACAUCGUGUUCGACCUGCUGCAGGUGUACGGGUACGUGCCUCAGAGCCCCACCAACGUGGCCGUGGCCACCUUCAUACAGUCCCUGGCCCCCCUCAACUCAGCCGCCAACCCCAUCAUCUACUGCCUCUUCUCGACUCACAUUUGUCGCAACCUCAGGUAUCACCCAAUAAGAGCAGGGGCGGAGCUGAACCAGGGGUCGUCCCUAGCCACGACGACCACACUACCCAGGGAGUACCUCAACACCGAGCUCCUCACAUACAAUACCAAGCGCAGCCACGACACCUUGAUCCGGGGAUCUGUCGUGUAGGGGGAUGCGCCGAUGGCAGAUUCCUCCUCCUCAUCCUCCUCCCUUGGAUCCUCGAGGAGAGUGGUGACAGCCUUAGCCAAGGGUGUCGUUAUCGUCGUGGUGGGUGGCAAGGUCACAGGAUCUGUCGUUUAACUGGGACGGCAGGCGACUGGUGGAUUCACUGUUCGUGUGAUAGAGACGACGACAACCCCUCCAUGGGCUCUGGCUUCGUCAGGUCACUGGUCGUGUACAGAGGUGAACAUUGUGUCGUGUUGAGAGAGAAAAGCAAACAGAGAAGUGGACGUGUUCUGUCGUGCAGAGCAAUAAUACACGGCGGCUACGUGCUUAACUCUGAGGCACGUCGUGUAUAAUGGUAUAAACGACACGCAUGUAAAGCGCCUUGUCGUGUAGAACCGACGACGAAAAUAUCUGGGUGUUGUUACGAGAUGUAUGAAGAGGACGACAAUUUUGUAAAGUUUUGUCGUUGAAAGCGACAGGCUGUCGUGUUGUGAGACACGGUGCAUCAACUCACGCAUGCAAUGAUCUGUUGGGUUGAACCAAAAGGUGAAGUAAACGACCGGUCGUGCACGUGAAAACGACACGUGAACCCAUUGGUGUCAAGGAUCCUUACGGUGGGAGAUAGUGGUCGUGUGGGGACGUACGAUAAUCCCGAGUUGCCACAGAGGUGUAAAGCGACAGUUUCCUGCAGACUGGGGUUAGGAAUUACGAUCGUGUCGUUUCCAGAAGACAUUUAUAACGACUAUUUAGAGGCGUGAACGACGAUGCCCAGAUCAGGAGUUCAUGUCGUUGUGAAUCAAAAGUAAAACGAUAACACUUGUCUUUCUUAGAUUGUUUCUCACUCUCUCUCUCACUCUCUCUCUCUCUCACUCACACUCUCUCUCUCUCUCUCUCUCACUCUCUCUCUCUCUCACAGGGUAUAUACUUAUAUGGAUGUGUUUAUGUGAUUUAAGUGAGAUUCUUCAUCCGUACUUAAGUUCUAACUUACAAUUGUGUUUUUAACUUAAAACCGACGGACAGGGAUCGAGAGGUCUGUAAAGUGUAAAUAUAAAAGUAAGUUCCCUCAGCUACAUCCUCACUAUACUUCCUGGGCAACUUGACUACGAACAACACUUACAAUAAGUGGCUAGCAUAUUUACUUACACUGACUUGCGUGGGUAUGUAUGCUGUUCUCGCCCUGUCCUCUGAUGUAUUGUAGAAUUGAACUACACAUAUAUACAAACGUGUAUGAGUGUAUUUUGCACCCCGGAUGAUAGGUAGGGGUGAUGUAUUUAUUUGACAGUCUUGAAGAAAUGUAAUUAAAGAGAACAUUGCUUGCAAGAUGCACAACCAGUGAGCUGUUGCUUCGUCUGGCAAGAUGUGGUCACUAUAGUCCAGCAGCAUUGCCAGGAAGCAGGAGAAGGGGAACUAUCAGGAGGAAGCGCCAAGUCAUUAUGACUAUAUAGCACUGGGAAAGGGUCAGGAUAAGGAUUAGGGAUGGGACAGGGGGGGGGUGGAAAAGGAAUGGUGCCCAACCACUUGGAUGGUCGGGGAUUGAACGCCGACCUGCAUGAAGCGAGACUGUCGCUCUAGGUAUUGAAUUGUACUUAAGAGCAGCUUCAUGUGACAGAGGGGGCUCUACUUAUGGCACUUAUAGCAGGGAGCGGAAUCAAGCACUGAAUUGAGAUGUUACUUAAACUCGGCUUUCGAGGUACUUUUCUAUGAGUUACUCCUUUGAGAAAGGGCACUUUACGAGGUAGACGAGAUAAUGGUCACUUAUUUGUAAUUCUCACUUUAAUUUUCAUUAUUAUCACUAUUACUUUAUUCCUAUUGCUGUUGUUAUUAAUAAUGUUGUUAUUUGUUAUUUUUAUUGCUAAUGUUCUUUAUGUUCUUAUUGUUUAUUUUACUCGUGUUAAAAUAGUGCUCGAAAUCUUUUUUAUUUAAUUCUAUUAUUCUUUUUCUUAUUAUUAUCAUUUUCUUACUGCUGACGAAGGCAAGCAUCUCACUCCCUUGAUCAACACUGUCACUUAAAGGGGUCAAUAUUUUCUUAUCUCGGAACUGGUCAAAGAAAAUAUUAUUGAUCAUGAAAGCACACAGGUAAUAGAUCUGAUCGAGCCACAGCAGAUGUCAUGCCAGGAACCACAGCAGAUGUCAUGCCAGGAACCACAGCAGAUGUCAUCCCAGGAACCACAACAGAUGUCAUCCAAGGAACCACAGCAGAUGUCAUCCCAGGAACCACAGCACAUGUCAUCCCAGGAACCACAGCAGAUGUCAUCCCAGGAACCACAACAGAUGUCAUUCCCAGGAACCACAGCAGAUGUCAUCCCAGGAACCACAGCACAUGUCAUCCCAGGAACCACAGCAGAUGUCAUUCCCAGGAACCACAGCACAUGUCAUCCCAGGAACCACAGCAGAUGUCAUCCCAGGAACCACCGCAGAUGUCAUCCCAGGAACCACAGCACAUGUCAUCCCAGGAACCACAGCAGAUGUCAUCCCAGGAACCACAGCACAUGUCAUCCCAGGAACCACAGCACAUGUCAUCCCAGGAACCACAACAGAUGUCAUCCCAGGAACCACAGCAGAUGUCAUCCCAGGAACCACAACAUAUGUCCCACAACACCCACAACCCACUCCAGGUGUUCAGAGUCAGGAAGCACCUAGUAAAAUGUUGCGUGUGAUUCCCGUAGAGUUUAAGACAACACUUGCGGUCCAGACCGCUGUUUUCUAUUCAUCUGGCAGGUCAAAAACAGCAAUAAUAAUGAUGAUAAUAUUAAUAAUAUUAAUGAGAAAAUUCUUUGGAGAAGUUUACUAUUGUACUGACUCAUCUCUGACUCACUACUGUAUUGACCAUUCCUGACUCACUACUGUAUUGACCAUUUCUGACUCACUACUGUAUUGACCAUUCCUGACCCUCUACUGUAUUGACCAUUUCUGACUCACUACUGUAUUGACCAUUCCUGACCCUCUACUGUAUUGACCAUUUCUGACUCACUACUGUAUUGACCAUUUCUGACUCACUACUGUAUUGACCAUUCCUGACUCACUACUGUAUUGACCAUUUCUGACUCACUACUGUAUUGACCAUUCCUGACUCACUACUGUAUUGACCAUCCCUGGCUCACUACUGUAUUGACCAUUCCUGACUCACUACUGUAUUGACCCAUCCCUGACUCACCACUGUAUUGACCAUUCCUGACUCACUACUGUAUUGACCAUCCCUGACUCACUACUGUAUUGACCAUCCCUGACUCACUACUGUAUUGACCCAUCCCUGACUCACCACUGUAUUGACCAUUCCUGACUCACUACUGUAUUGACCAUCCCUGACUCACUACUGUAUUGACCAUCCCUGACUCACUACUGUAUUGACCAUCCCUGACUCACUACUGUAUUGACCCAUCCCUGACUCACCACUGUAUUGACCAUUCCUGACUCACUACUGUAUUGACCAUCCCUGACUCACUACUGUAUUGACCAUUCCUGACUCACUACUGUAUUGACCAUCCCUGACUCACUACUGUAUUGACCAUCCCUGACUCACUACUGUAUUGACCAUCCCUGACUCACUACUGUAUUGACCAUUCCUGACUCACUACUGUAUUGACCAUUCCUGACUCACUACUGUAUUGACCAUCCCUGACUCACUACUGUAUUGACCCAUCGUGACUCACUACUGUAUUGAUCCUCCCUGACUCACCACUACACUGCCUCACACUGUACCACCAUCACCCUCACUAUACACACUCACUAUACACACUCACUAUACACCCUCACUAUACACCCUCACUAUACACCCUCACUAUACACCCUCACUAUACACCCUCACUAUACACACUCACUAUACAACCAGCCGGCCAGGGCGCUCAAGGGGGGGGAAGAAGGGAAUCUUUUGCCUCCCAGUUAGUCUUGUUGUUUGUUCUUGUUUGUUCUUGUUUGUUCUCGUCAAUAUGUUGCCGAGUUUGAUGAGGAAGUUAUCAUCUUUCCUCUGGCGUCCUCUUCCUCAUGAGAUCAAUGAGGAAGGCAUCACCUUCCCUGUAGCUAAUCAUCCACAUGAGUAUAUAUGAGUAUAUAUAUAUCCCGUGAGUCAGGAAACAAGAAACUUAAAUUAACUCAUGAGAGAAUGGAGCCUAUAUCAGUACUUUUUAUUAGUAAAUUAUAAUAAUAAUAAUAAAAAUAAUAAUAAUAAUAAUAAUAAUAAUAAUAAUAAUAAUAAUAAUGGAAAAAGAACCACAAUAACAUGGAAAUGAAUGAAUGGAAAAAUCAGUAGGAGCCUUGAGGAUUCGAACUUUCCAGCUGCGUACUCGCAAGCACACGCCUUAGACCACUUAACCACAGUCAAGAGUGCUUGGAGGCAAUGAGUGAAACCCCUGACUUGACUUCAGUGGAAGCCACAGGAUCCCCGCCUGGAGGAUUCAGUUCAAUCUCGGGUUUCAUUGUUGUUGAGCAUGUAGUGGUUAAGUGGUCUAAGUCGUACUUUAGUCGAUAAAACUAACAGUGAGACGGACAGGCGACGAGACAG